ACCGCCUGAAGAUCGUUUGAUAUCGCCUUGUGAGCAGAUCAUCAAUGCCUCGACUGCGAUAUUCCUCUGCAAUUCCUCUGUUUCCCUUCUUCUUCUUCUUCUGAAUACAGGUCGUCAAGACAAUUACAGAUGCGCAUCAACGACAGGCUGCUCCUCUUCUACCUCGUCUCCUCCGCCGCCGUGGCAAUCGCCAUCGCGCUCACGGUGACCUCGAUCGCCACCCCCCACUGGCUGACUUCGGUCUCCUACCCUGAAGAUGAAGACGGGAACCCGGUCCGGAUCACCUACGGUCUACAUCAGAAGUGCUCAUCCGUCACCGGCCAAUGCGUCCGUUUCCCAGAUCAAGAGUGCGCGCACGGCGACCGCCAGUUCUGCACUAGCUGGCGCACCGCCUCGUUCAUGAUGUGGAUGUCACUCGUCCUCCUCGGCCCGGUCGUGGUCUCGUACGUGACGCUGAUCUUCUCGACCCGCCAGAAACGCGAGACGGGAUGGAAACUCAUCGGCCUGCUCCUGAUCUGCACCGUCGUCGUGCAGGUCGUCGCCAUGGCUUCCGUCGUCUACAUGCUCGGCCACGACGACAACCUGCGCGACCGCAGCUGGCAGCUCGGUCCGUCGUGGGCGGCCGCGACGUUGUCGUGGAUCGUCGUGUUUGCCACGUUUGUCGCGACCGUCGUGGUGGGGGUCAAGACCGUGCCGGAGUAUUCCGCGAUCCCGCUGUAUAUGGCCGAGUUGGGCAGGAGGCCGCAGUCCAGUCGGCGGUCGUCGGUGUCUAGCAAUUGGCUCAUGUGAGGCGCAGGUGGUGAGAGGCAAGAGAUCUGGGAUCUCGAAUUAUGAUGCAAUGACGGGAAUCUCUCAUUUGGUCGGUGGGUUGGUUGGCGUUGGGC